CCGCCUACCCCGCUCUCAAUUUUACUCACCUCAUUUCACAAUCACAAAUCCUCUUUAUUUCUCUCACCUCUUUUGCAACUUCCAACCUCUAAACUUCCUUUAGUACACUUCACUAAAGGAACCAAACAUGUCUAACCUUAUUCCUCUUGUCCUCACUAUUUUCUCUCUCCUCUCCUUCUCCUCCGUUGCUCACCCCGUCGGUGGAGGCUGGACAGAUGCUCACGCCACCUUCUACGGUGGCGGAGACGCCUCUGGCACAAUGGGAGGAGCAUGUGGGUACGGGAAUUUGUAUAGCCAAGGCUACGGCACAAACACUGCAGCGUUGAGCACAGCUCUGUUCAACCAGGGCUUGAGCUGCGGUGCUUGUUUCGAGAUGCGGUGUGUAAGUGACGCAAAAUGGUGUUUACCUGGCUCAAUUGUUGUCACUGCUACCAAUUUCUGCCCACCAAACAAUGCCUUACCUAACAACGCAGGAGGCUGGUGUAACCCUCCUUUGAGGCACUUUGACCUUGCUCAGCCUGUUUUUCAGCAAAUUGCUCAUUACAAGGCUGGAAUUGUCCCUGUUUCCUUUAGAAGGGUACCAUGCAGAAAGAAGGGGGGAAUCAGAUUCACAAUAAACGGUCAUUCAUAUUUCAACCUGGUAUUAAUCACCAACGUCGGAGGUGCAGGUGAUGUUCAUGCAGUUUCAAUCAAAGGGUCUAGAACUAACUGGCAAUCUAUGUCCAGAAACUGGGGUCAAAAUUGGCAAAGCAACUCUUUCCUUAACGGUCAAAGCCUUUCCUUUAAGGUCACCGCCAGUGACGGCCGCACCGUCACCGCUCUUAACGUGGCUCCUCCUAAUUGGUCCUUUGGCCAGACCUAUCACGGUGGCCAGUUCCAUUAAAAUAUAAAUAUUAGAUAUUUUUACUAGAUAAUUAAGUGUAGAUUUUCUUUGUGUGGGUCCAAAUUAAGGGUUAAUUUUAGGGUAACCCUUAUCAUAGUAUAUCAGUCAGUCCUGAAUUAAAAAAGAAAAAUUGAUUUGGGCUUUCUUUUAUCUCACUAAGCCCAUAUCUUUUUUUCUUGUUUUUUUAUUCAGUAAUGGGUCAUUUUAUUUCUGUCCUUGUAUUUUUAUGGGACAGAAUUUGGGCCGGGGUGGGCUUUUACCACCCGCCCAUUUAAAUUUAUCUUUUUUUUUUUCGGGUUGGAAAUUGGAGAAAUUAUUAGGGUUUGGUUUGAAAUUUGAAGUUUAGUAGUAAUUAGUGUGUUUUGGUUGGUGUUGAAGCGAAAUCAAGUGUAAUCACUGCUUCUGCAGUUAGAAUUAUGUACUUUGCGAGUGUGUGUUUAAUACUUGUUACUAAAUUUAUGAAGAGACGUUGUUAGGUUAA